AUGUGGAGCGGAAGGCAGGGUCGCCUCAGACCGGUGGGCUGCGUGGUAGAGGAGCUACGGUGCCGCCGACGGGAGCGGGAGGCAGCACUGCGGAAGGCGCGGAGGGAACAGCAGCUGAUCAGUAAGAGACUGCUGAGAGACGACGCGUCGGAGGAAGCCGAAGGGGGAUGUGUGGCCAUGAUCCUUGGGGAAACUGAGAUCCAGCAUUUCCUACGAUUAGCACAGCAGGGGACAGAAGAAAAGGAGAGAGAGAGGGCUCUGGUCAGCCUUCGUCGAGGCUUGCAGCACCCUGAGACGCAGCAGACCUUCAUCUGGCUGGAGGGCAGCAUGCGGACCUUGGUCGGGCUUCUGACCAGCAACCAAGCCCUGUUGCAGCUUGAGGCCGCUCGGUGCCUUCAUGAGCUCUCUCAUUCUGAACAGUCUGCGGUGGCUGAGGCCUGCCUGCCAGCCACUUCCUACCUUCUCACCUACCUCUCCGGUCACAGCUCAGACUUUAUAGAGCUCUGUCUGUAUACACUGGGUAACCUGAUUGUGGAGAGUGAGGCUGUGAGAAGGCAGCUCCUGCCACAGGGCAUUGUUCCAGCCUUGGCUGCCUGCAUCCAGUCCCCCCAUCUGACUGUGCUGGAAGCCCUUGGAUAUGCCUUAUCCCAGCUUCUGCAAGUUAAGGAAGCUCCAGAGAUGAUCAUCCCCUCCGUCUUGGGCUCCACUCUCCCUGAGCACAUCCUGCGACUGUUGCAACCUGGUCCAAAGCUGAACCUUGGGGUUGCUGUGGAGUUUGCCUGGUGUCUGCACUAUAUCAUCUGCAGCCAGGUCGACAAUACCCUGCUUAUCUCCCAUGGGGGUCUGUCCACUCUGGGGUUGCUGCUAUUGGACAUGGCUGGAGCUGUCCAGAGAACAGAGGAUACAGGACUGGAGCUGCUGGCAUGUCCUGUGCUUCGGUGUCUAAGCAACUUGCUAACAGAAGCAGCAAUGGAGGUUGUGGGAGGGCAAAAUCAGCUUGAAGACGAGCGUGUUGUGGCUGCCUUAUUUAUCCUUCUGCAGUUCUUCCUUCAGAAACAGCCCAGCCUACUUCCUGAGGGCCUCUGGCUCCUUAACAACCUCACUGCAAACAGUCCUAGUUUCUGUACCUCCUUGCUCUCCAUGGAUCUGAUUGAGCCCCUCUUGCAGUUGUUGCCAGUUUCUAACGUGGUGAGCAUAUUGGUCCUCACAGUUCUGUGCAACGUGGCAGAGAAGGGUCCUGCUUACUGCCAACGUCUGUGGCCAGGGCCCUUGCUCUCCUGCUUGAUUGGUACACUGGCCUUCCCUGACAUUGAGGUAGUAGGCCAGAGUUUAGAGCUGCUGCGAUUGCUGUUCCUCUACCAGCCAGAGGCUGCUAAGGAUUUUCUGCAGCAAUCAGGGCUGCAGGUCCUGGAAAGGCACCAGGAGGAGGCCCAGCUCCAGGAUCGUGUGCAUGCUCUCCAGCAGACAGCUCUUCACCAGUGA